UACGCUUUCGCCGUUGGCGCCACCACGUGCGCCGGCGAGAGAUGGCAGAGUCCGGCGUGGCGGCCGCCUCGCUCUUCGGCACCGACCGCCGCCUCUGCUCCGCCGACGUCCUCCCUCCCGCCGAGGUGCGGGCGAGGAUCGAGGUGGCGGUGCUCAACUUCCUCGCCGCGCUCGCCGACCCCUCCGCUCCGGCCAUCUCCGUCCUCCCCCUGAUUAGCCGGAGCGCCGCCAACCGCGGCGUGCGGCGCGCGCUGCUGCGCGACGGCGUCUCGUCGGUGUACCUCUCCCACGCCUUCUGCAGGAGGUCCCUCACGAGGGCCAACGACGGCAAGGCCUUCGUCAGAGUGUGGAAGGUGAUGGAGGUUUGCUACAAGAUACUAGGGGAGGGGAAGCUGGUCACCCAGAGGGAGCUCUUCUACAAGCUCCUCUCGGACUCGCCUAGCUACUUCAGCUGCCAGCGGCAUAUCAACCAGACCGUGCAAGAUGUCGUCUCGUUGCUCCGGUGUACAAGGCAGAGCCUGGGGAUCAUGGCAUCAAGUAGAGGGGCACUGAUUGGGAGGAUUGUGCUGCAAGGGCUGGGGGAAGAACAUGUUGACUGUUCCAUUCUUGGACCUUCUGGGCAUGCUAUUACUGGAGACCUGAAUGUACUGAGUAAAUUGAUUUUUUCUUCAGAUGCGAGGUAUCUCAUUCUAGUGGAGAAGGAUGCCAUAUUUCAGAGGCUGGCUGAAGAUCGCAUAUAUAAUCACCUUCCAUCUAUCCUGAUUACUGCAAAGGGAUAUCCUGAUCUUGCUACAAGGUUUAUCUUGCAUCGACUGAGCCUGACUUUUCCAAACAUGCCAAUUUUUGCAUUAGUAGACUGGAACCCAGCAGGGCUUGCUAUACUGUGCACUUACAAGUAUGGAAGCAUAUCAAUGGGUCUGGAAUCAUACAGAUAUGCUUGCAAUGUAAAAUGGCUAGGCCUAAGAGGAGAUGAUCUGCAACUGAUACCUCAGAGCGCAUAUCAAGAACUGAAGCCACGUGAUCUGCAGAUUGCCAAAAGCUUGUUGUCAUCUAAGUUUCUCCAGGAAAAGCACAGAGCUGAGCUGACACUGAUGUUGGAGAUGGGCAAGCGUGCCGAGAUCGAAGCUCUCUACUCCCAUGGGUUUGAUUUCCUGGGGAAAUACGUCGCAAGAAAGGUUGUGCAGGGUGACUACAUUUGACAGUGCAGUGCUGCCUGCCUCAACGUUUCUCUGAUUGUACCGAGCACUGAAAGUUUGAGCUGAAAACAUGAGUCCUGGCCCUGUCCAAUUUUUUUCCAUCCCGAAGUGCAGAGGUUGGCCAUACUAUCAGAUUUUCUUUUGUAAGAUAAUGGAUAGAAAUAUGGCCUUUAUGCCAAAAAUAACAAAAUAAAAUCUCACAUAUGAU